AACAACAAAAUUGCUUUCUUGUAAAUUUGCGAACAAUUUCGCGAAUUUUGGUGUCUUAAUAAAUUUAAAUUAACCAAUCAAAGUUCCGGAAUUUUGUUUACGUUUACUAAAAAAGGAAUUGCAAAAAACAACAAACCAAGCCAACGCUCUAACAGGUGAUUUAAAUUGUUAUCUCAAAUAUUUCUUUCAGUUUUUCGAAUAUUUCUCUAGUAAAAAAGUAUGUCAAAUGAAUUCCUAUGCAUAAUUCAGAUUAAAUUAUCGAAGCGUUGAAUAAUCUCGUAACUAUCUUACUCAUGAGUGUGAUUUUCGAAAGAAUUCUGUCGUGAUAUUCGAUUGAUGACAUAUUUUUAUUGUUCCAACUGUGACGAACGUUUCACACAUCAUGAUAUCUUCACCUCCGGCUACGAACGCAAAAAGUAACACUUUAGAUGGGUUACCAAAACCAUUUUUGCAUGUGUUAAAAACACUUUUCGAUAUUUUGGAUGACGAAGGAACUGGUUUGGUGAAAUUUAGCGAUAUCGAAGCUCGAUGGCAAGAAAACUCUGUAGCAGAAUUACCUAAAGGAGUGAUAGAAAGUCUUCGCAAAGUUACACCUCCCAAUGGUUUACUAUCGUUUGAAAGAUACUGCGCUGGUUUAAAAAUUUGCCUGCUUCGUAAUCAAAUGGAAACACGUAAUAAAAACGACGAUCUGAAUGACGAUUGUCAAAAGCAUCUUUCUCAGCGACCACCAUCAGCUCCUAUUUUAGAUUCGUUCGAGAACAAGAAUUCGUGUAACGAAAAACAAUGGAGUAAAAAUUCAGCUUCGGCGGCUCAGUUCGGCAACACGAUGAGACAAAAUCAACAUCGUACUUCAAGUAUGCCUCAUUUACCACCCGAUCUGAAUAAAGAAGAAAGUAAAGAAAAUUUCGCUAGUAAGCGUUCCAACGGUGUUUUAUUGGGUCCACCGAAACCUCCCCGAACCAAUGUAACAGCUGCUUGUUUUCCCCACCGAAAUAAACCCGAAGAUGGGAAUAAAAUCGACAAAAAUGAGAUCCGAGUUGCUUUACAGAAUUGGCAAAUGGGAUUCUACGAUGAUAAACAUUCAACGAGCUCGUAUCGAACGAUGUCUAGUACGAGGAGCGUUGCUGAUGGUACAUCUGAUUAUUCGGAUUCGCAGUCACAUAAGAAAUGCAACACAAGGCGACGAGAACCGCGUAGACAUACUUUGCAAAAUGGAGUAGAUUGCAAUAUGUUUAAGAAAAUGAAACAAAUCGAAUCGGAGAAAGAAGUUUUACUAGAAGGUUUACAAGCCGUUGAAACAGCUAGGGAAUGGUAUAGGAAACAAAUCGCCAUCGUUCAAGAUAAAAUGAAAUACAUUUGUAGGAUGGGCUCUCAUGAUCAAUACAGUGAAGCUCAACAAGAAAGAAUCGAGUUAUUGAGAGCGAGGAUUUUUGAAGUUAAUCGUCACCUUGCCACGUUGGGCGGUUAUAGUAACGAUAACAAUAAAAGUAAUAGCGAAGAUAGAGAUGGUUUGCCUCUACAUAUGAAUCUUGCUGUCCACUCUUCAUCUCAUUUAAAUAAUGCUCAAGUAUUAUCCCAGUUGAAACGUCAGAAUCAUGUUUUAUCGAGAGAAGUGGGACAUAAAACCGAGAAAAUCAAUACGUUGGAAAGAGAGAAAGCUUCGUUGUUACGCGAACUCUACCAAAUGAGGCGUAAAUCAGAUCAACCAAUUGGUAAAACUCAGCCCGUCCAAGAUAAUUUACCAGUUGCACCGGCAGCUUAUAUAUAAUUUUCGCAUUUGAAUUUUUAUCGACCAUUUCUCAUAUUGUUAUUUUUACUGCCACGAAUAUGUGAUCUUAUUAUGAGCUUAUUUGUUUUUAUCAUUUUUUAAAUAAACCAUUUUUUAUACAAAAAAAAAAUUCAAA